UGUACCUAUAAAAAGAGCGCCUGCGUGCGUCAGAUAGUUUUUCUCCAAUGGGUAAAGGUGACUAAAAUACUUGUUGUUUCACCGGGCCCAGUCGCAUCCUAUCGGCAGGGGGAAGGAGAUGAUGCACGACUCCGGAGGUGUCCAAAUGGCGAGGGUGUUGAAGCAUGCCACCCUAUGCCUGAUGCUGCUGCCCCGGUUCCUGGUGGCCGCCGUCAUGCUGUGGCUGCUGGAUUUCUUGUGUAUAAGGAAAAAAGUGCUGCUGAAAAUGGGAGCGAAGCAGGACAGCCCUGACGACCCGCCGGUGUGCGUGUCUGACUCCAACAGGAUGUUCACCUUGGAGUCGCUCAGAGCCGUUUGGUACGGACAGAAAUUGGACUUCCUGAAAUCCGCUCACCUAGGGCGCGCGGCACCUAACACCGAGGUACUGAUGGUCCAGGAGCGGCGGCAGGUCCGGAUCCUGGACUGCAUGAAAAGGAAGAGACCGCUCAUCCUUAACUUUGGCAGCUGCUCCUGACCGCCAUUCAUGACGCGUCUGUCGGCGUUUCAGCGCGUCGUGAGCCAGUACGCGGACAUUGCAGACUUUUUAGUUGUAUAUAUCGAGGAGGCGCAUCCGUCGGACGGCUGGGUGAGCUCUGACGCGCCGUACCAGAUCCCGAAGCACCGCUGCUUGGAAGACAGGCUGAGAGCCGCUCAGCUGAUGCUCGCUGAGGUGCCGGGGAGCAACGUGGUGGUGGAUAAUAUGGACAACGAGUCCAACGCCGCGUACGGAGCCUACUUUGAGAGACUUUACAUCGUGAUGGAUGAGAGGGUGGUGUACCAGGGGGGCAGGGGGCCGGAGGGAUACCGGAUUUCAGAGCUCAGAAACUGGCUGGAGCGAUACAGGAACGAUCGGAUGAAUUCCCACACAGCGGUGCUCCAUGUGUAGUUGGAAGAUGCUGAACUGCUCCUCUGCUCAUACUGCUUAAGUGUCCAACUCACAGUGCAAAAAUAUUCAGAUGCUGCUAUAAAAUAUUCACACAUGGCACAUUAUGGUGUUGGUUUUUUUAAUAAAGAUAUUCAGGACUCUUUGACAAAUAGCCUAAAGUCAUGUUCAAGCCUAGCCUGUUUUAUCGUGCUUGUAUUGACCUUAAUUGAUGGAAAGUCUUGAAUCAGUUGAACCCGGAUUCAAUAGUGGUCACUCUCUUUUUCUACGGUGUGUGUGCGUGCGUUUGUCUGUGUGUGCGUGUGCGUGUGUGUGUUCAGGCUAAGGUCUCACUCUGGUGUUUCUGUGAAGUUCGGUUUUUAAAAGGCGAAGCCAGAAAACUGACACUGAUGUUUUUGACACCGGGAGCGGGACCACGUGGGAUGCCUUCCUCGAUGAUCGAUUGCCAAAUGAUGUAAUGUUGAAACGAUGUAACUGAACAAAUGUUUUUCAUAAAUAUCAGAUCACACAUGAAUGGUUAACUGUUGAUUUGUGCAACACCUUAAAGGUAUUUUUUAUAAUUUAAUGCACAUGAUAAAUGGAAUGAUGUUUUUGUUUAAACUCUCUAACCCUUUGUUUCACUCUCAGUUUUAUGUCGUCUGAUGACAUCAGACCUGCUCGUUUCAUGAAUGUUUACAGCCAGAACUUAUGUUCAUAUGAUUGUGAAUGUUUACUGUACACUUGCCUCCUUUGACUCCUGCCCUUAUAAUGACUUAUAAGCAUGACGUGUACUGUGUCCCCUCUUUCAGCAAGGAAACGUGCAAAAAAGAAGAACAGUUAAAUGGUCAAAAUCAUUAUCAAAAUCAAUUGUAGAAUGAGAGUAACAAAUGUGAGUUCUGUUUCAUUAUGUGUAACACAAUCAGAAACAACAAUCAGACCAAUGGUCAGAUAAAAAGAAAAGGUCAAGAAAUGUCAGGACUGAAUCAUGCCUGGAUGAAAUGAGUAAAAUAAACAUGCUUAUGAGAAAACUUCCCAUUCAUCAAAUGUUUCUUUCAUAAGGAGCCGUGCCACUAUCCAUCCCUGGAUCUGAAUGAAACAAAGAGACUUGAGCUGGUUGGGGGGGGGGGGGUGAUGCAUCUUUAAUCCCUUUAUCUUCAUCUCUUUCUCACUUCCUUAUUAUUUCUCUCUUCUCCCUUCUCUCUUAUACAUAUAUGGUCACACACACAAGCAGGAAUUCACACACUGCCACAUGUAUUUUGGUUGGAUUAUCGUGAACCCUCUAUUGAUGUGGGAAAAUGACCCUACUUCUCACUUGAUUUGUGACAGAAAUAAACCUUUUCCUGAUGAA